AUGCGUAUUCCCGUAGACCCGAGCACCAGCAGGCGCUUCACACCUCCCUCCACGGCUUUCCCCUGCGGUAAGAUGGGCGAGAACAGCGGGGCGCUGGGGACCCCCGCCCCGGGGGCCCGGGCUCGACCCGAGGUCCGCUCCGUCGUGGAUGUACUGGCCGAUCACGCCGGUGAACUGGUGCGCACCGACAGCCCCAACUUCUUGUGUUCGGUGUUACCGUCCCACUGGAGGUGCAACAAAACGCUGCCCGUCGCUUUCAAGGCGAAUUUCAACGAGGCGGAGACGGAAGUGCUGAUCGAGCAGGUGCUGAAGCACGAGCAGCUGCUGUUCGCGGCGGGGCCGGGCCGCGCCUCCCCGGGCCAGAAGCGGAAGGUGUGGGAGCUGAUCCGGCACAAGGUGAACCCGGUGGCCGCCUGCCCCCGCGACGUGGAGGACCUGAAGAAGCGCUGGCGGGACCUGAAGCGCCGCGACCGCAGCAAGCUCUGCCGCCUCUCGCAGGGCUGCGGGCCGCCGGGUCCCGCCGCCCUCGGCCUCCUCCUGGCCCCCGAGGAGAUCGCGAAAAGCCGUGCCAGCGCGCAGUCCUGGGCGGUCAGUGCAAAGCGCUGCGAGUUCGUCACUUCGUCUGUACCAGGGAGAGAUCGCCUCAGUGCGCGGAAACGACCGCCUUCCAUACCAAGGGGUUCCUUGCAGUCACAGCGUUUCGGGUUUAAUGACAAUCCCGGCCCAUCUCAUCAAUCCGGUCUUGAGAAGAUGAACCUCAAAGAAGAAAUAGUAGUGAAGGUGGUAGAGCCAGAAGAAAGCUCUGAGGACAUGGCAGUGGUUCCACCUAGCCAAGAACAACUACCUUUUCUGGGGACAUCGGGCGGUGGUUCCUCUGGGAAAGUAAAAGCCAAAACAAAAGGCAGGUCCCAGGCAGACCAAAACGAAAUAACUGAAGAGGAUCUCGUGCAGAUUCAGCAGACCCAGAUGCAGGUGAUCCAGUCUGGCUUUGACAGUGUCAACCACAACCUUCGGCUGCUGCAGCAAGGCAUGCAAGAGCUGAGUAACAGCCUCAGCAUCAUGGCGCAUACACUUGUUGCCAUCAAAAACGUCUACGUGAAAAACAACACUGGCCCGACCACGUAUGCCACCACCUCUACUCAGACCACAGCUGGGUACCUGAGCCCAGGUUCCCCCCAGGUCUCCCCCGCUGAGGACAGAGGUAGAACGCAGGUGGCUGGAAGCAGCAGCAGAAGCAGCAGCUGCAGCUCCAGCUCCAUGUCACAAGAACCAGGUCCUUCUGAAUUUCCUAGGCCCCCCCUGAGAACCAUUAAGAAAGAACAUCCAAAUGGCUGCUACUACUUCUGCUUUGCAGAUGUGUGA